UGUCGGCCACUCCACCACCAAAAUAGCUGUCAUUCAACAGUUGGGCGACAAGUCUGUGGUACGCAAGAGGACGGCGAAGAAGUCAAUGGCCAUACCGUCGAGCGAUGACGAGGGCGGGGAUACCGGCGCUCGCGUGAGCCGGGCGUUGGGCACCACUCUUAUCACCGGACUAUCACAAGACAACCUCCUCUUCAUCGCCUAUGGCGUGACCCAAGUGUUGGGUAUAGUUAUGAUCACAUUGUGUGCCGUUUGGACGCAUAACUACUUGGAUGGCUAUUCCGUGGCCACACCCCAACAGGUCUUCAAUUAUCACCCGUUGCUGAUGACUAUUGGGAUGCUCUUCCUCAACGCCAAUGGAAUACUAAUCUAUCGGAUCAGUCGAUGGCUACGGUUUCAGCGCCAGAAGUGGAUCCACUUUACAGUGCAGACGACGGCACUUGUGGUCACUUUAAUGGGCUCUUACGCCGUCUUCCACUACCAUAACGCCAAAGACAUCCCAAACCUCUAUUCCCUGCACUCAUGGCUCGGACUCACAGCUGUCUCUGGCUUUGCGCUCAGCCUAUUGGCCGCCUUUUUCUCGUUUCUCUACCCGGGCAUCGAUCCCGUCUACCGGCGCCUUAUACUACCUUUUCAUAUAUUUGGCGGAACCGCUAAUAUUGUGCUGACGGGGGCGGUAGCUAUCACUGGCCUC